AUGUCCACGCUUGAGUCGAACAUUAGGCGGGCGCUCGACAUACUGUUGCCAGAGAUCAAGAAGCAACGCAAACUAUCCUCGAGGCCAAUUGUACUUGGAAUCACAGGACUGCAAGGGUCCGGAAAGUCGACAUGGGCGUCAAAGAUAGUAGAGAUUCUCACGUCUGAACACCAGCUCAACACAAUCACGGUAUCCCUGGAUGACUUCUACAAGACACACGAAGGUCUGGUGUCGCAAAGAGAUCAGGAUCCCAAAAACGGACUCUAUCGUGUACGAGGUCAACCAGGGACACAUGACGAGCAUUUGGCAGCGGGGUUCUUCAAAGAGCUGGAAUCGUACAGUGGGGAGGGCGAGCUCCGAAUCCCAAGUUUCGACAAGAGUCAGUUCAGCGGUGAAGGUGACCGCGCACCUGUUUCGGCAUGGCAUUCGGUUUCGCGAAAGCCGGACGUCGUAGUUUUCGAGGGCUGGUGCGUCGGCUUCCAGCCGCUCCCAGCUUCUGCGGUCGAGGAAAAGCGCUCGCUAGCACUUGCUGGACAGUUGCCCAUCAACACUCCUGCGCAGCAUCAGUUGCCCCAUCUGCUGGAGGUGAACGACAACCUAAAACGAUAUUACGAUGCGUUUAUGGGUCCUCAGAAUUUUGAUUUCUUCGUUCACAUCGACACUAGUGAUCUGCACAAUGUAUACAUCUGGCGACUGGAGCAAGAGCACAAGAUGAUCGCGGCGAAAGGAUCCGGUAUGUCAGAUGAGCAGGUCAAGGCUUUCAUUGACGGUUAUAUGCCGAGCUAUGAGAUUUAUCUAGAUACGCUGAGGCAGGGCCUUUUCAAAGACAAGGGCAGAAUGGUCAGGGUUGUAUUGGACAGGCAAAGAAAUGUGGAGAGAGUAGAAGAGCUGUAA